CAUGGCGACGACGGGUAACGAAGAACAGACGUUGUUGCCAGGUAUCGAAGAGGAGGCUGAGGGCAUGGAGCGAGAGAUGGAGUCAGAGGAGGAGGAGGAAGAAGAAGAAGGGAUGGGAGUUGAGCAAUCCGAGGAGGAAGAUGAAGAAGAUACGUCUGAAGACGAGCGCGAAAAUGAAGCGGAGAUCCAGAGGCUGGAGGAACAGCUGUCAAUCAAUGCAUUUGACUACAACUGCCAUGUAGACCUAAUCAAACUCCUGCGGCAAGAAGGGAAGCUCCACAGACUGCGCAAGGCCAGGCAGAAGAUGAGUGAACUCUUUCCUCUCACCGAAGAGAUUUGGCUGGACUGGCUGAAGGAUGAAAUCCGCGUGACAGAAGACGAAUCAGACCGUGAGAAAGUCUACGAGCUGUUUGAGAGGGCUGUCAAAGAUUAUAUGUGUCCAGAGAUCUGGUUGGAAUAUGUACAGUACUCCAUCGGGGGAAUGGGAGCCCAGGGAGGCAUUGAGCGUGUUCGCUCCAUCUUUGAGAGGGCGCUGACUGCAGUAGGCUUACACAUGACUAAAGGAGCUUCAAUCUGGGAGGCCUACAGGGAGUUUGAGAUUGUUAUUCUCUCCACGGUCCAGCCUCCUCCUGGCAGCGUUGCAUCAAAGGAGCAGCAGGAGCUGCUGAAUGCACAGCUCGAACGCAUACACAAACUCUUUAGACGACAGCUAGCUGUUCCUCUGAUGGAUAUGGAGGGAACGUAUGCAGAGUACUCGGAUUGGGCUGACGACGGCGUACCUGAGACGGUCACGCACCAGUACAGACAUUCCCUUCAACAGUUGGAGAAAUGCAAACCUUUCGAGGAGGCUUUGCUGGUUUCUGAACCUCCAAAGCUGGCAGAGUAUCAAGCUUACAUAGAUUUUGAGAUUAAGGAAGGAGAUCCAGCUCGUGUCCAGAUCAUAUUCGAGCGAGCGCUGGCAGAGAACUGCCUCGUGCCGGACCUGUGGAUCAAAUACACCACGUAUCUGGAUCGUCAGUUGAAGAUUAAAGACCUAGUGUUAUCUGCUCAUGAGCGAGCCGUCAGGAACUGUCCCUGGACCAUGAGUCUAUGGAAGAGCUAUCUUUUGGCUCUAGAGAGGCAUGGAGCUGACCAUCAGACAGUGACAGAUGUGUUUGAAAAGGCCCUGAAUGCAGGGUUCAUCCAGGCGGCUGAUUAUGUAGAAAUCUGGCAAUCUAAUCUGGACUACCUGAGAAGACGUGUUGAUUUUAGCAAAGAAUGGAGCAGGGAGUUGGACGAGCUGCGGGCAGCUUUUGCACGCUCCCUUGACUACCUGAAACAGGAUGUAAAAGAGAGGUUCAGUGAAAGUGGAGAUCUGUCCUGCAUAAUAAUGCAGAUCUGGGCAAGGAUAGAGGCCUUACAUUGUAAGAACAUGCAGAAGGCCCGUGAACUGUGGGACAGCAUUAUGACAAAAGGCAAUGCAAAAUAUGCCAACAUGUGGCUGGAAUAUUACAACCUGGAAAGGUCAUAUGGAGAUGCUGCUCACUGCAGGAAGGCUCUCCACAGAGCUGUACAGUGUACAUCAGACUACCCUGAGCAUGUCUGUGAUGUCCUGCUCAACUUUGAAAGAGUGGAGGGCUCUCUGGAAGACUGGGAUGCUGCAGUCCAAAAAACAGAGACUAAACUCAACCGAGUCAAUGAGCAGAGAGCAAGAGUGGCUGAAAAAGAGGCUGUCCUAGCCAGACAAGAAGAGGAGAAAGCUGAGCACAGGAGAAAAGCCAAGGCAGAUAAAAAAGCCCAAAAGAAGAGCCAGAAAGCAAACAGUACUGGGGAUAAACGGAAAGCUGAAGAUGAGGACGAGGAUGAAUGGGGAGAGGAUGAAGAGCUGCCAUCCAAGAGGCUCCGAGGGGAGGAGGACUUUGGCAGCACAGCCACAGAGGAGCACAUGGAGACAGAAAGUGGGCUUUUCAGUCGGCGAGUUCCACCACCACGUAAAUCUGAGCCACCCAGUUUCCAUAAGAACCAACAGGGACUGUCUGAAGCCCCGCGACAGCCCCAGGAGCAGCGCAGAGAUGAAGAUAGUGUAUUUGUCAGUAACUUGGCUUUUAAUCUGGAGGACCCAGAGGGCAAGAUGCGAACAUUGUUUCAGGGUUGUGGGACUGUACAGCAGGUGCGACCCGUGUUUACACCAAAAGGUGUGUUUAGAGGCUAUUGCUAUGUGCAGUUUGAGGACAGGCUGGCUGUAUCCGAGGCACUGAAACUGGACAGACAAGAGGUGGAUGGGCGGCCCAUGUAUGUGUCUCCUUGUGUGGACAAGAAUAAGAAUCCUGACUUCAAGGUUUUUAAGUACAAAACAGCAAUGGAGAAGCACAAGAUCUUUAUCUCGGGCCUGCCUUACUCCUGCACUAAAGAGACACUGGAGGAUCUCUGUAAACAGCAUGGCACAGUGAAAACCAUCCGGCUUGUCACCAACCGCUCCGGCAAACCCAAGGGUUUGGCGUAUGUGGAAUAUGAGAAUGAAGCGCAGGCCUCGCAGGCUGUGAUGAAGAUGGAUGGCACCAUGUUGGAAAACUUCACAAUCUCUGUUGCCAUUAGCAACCCUCCGAGCAGGAAGAUGGAAGAUAAAGCAGCACCAAGUCGAAUCCUGGGGGCAUCGACACUGAGGCAACCUCAGGGAGCAAGAGGAAAAGGACGCACUCAGAUCUCUCUGCUGCCACGCUCUCUGUACCGACAGAGUGCUCCAGAUGCCAAAGCAGAGAACGGGACUGUUUCUGCACCACACGCCACAGUGACCGAUGGAGUGCAUGAAGGACCUGGACCCACAAGCCUGGACACCCAAACCAAGCGUCUGUCCAACGAAGACUUUGCCAGGAUGCUCCUCAAAAAGUGAAACUGUAUGCAGAGACCACAAGAAGAAUACCUGCCUUCUGACAGAAAGCCAUGCUGUGUCCUUUAGAAGUCCGGUGGAGAAACAGCGUUUUAAUUUAGCCUGCUUUCUGUAAAUACGUGACCACUCCCAACAUAUAUAGGAAAACUAUUUUAACACCUCAACGUUGAGAUGCGAGCUGUAUUGUUUUCUUUAUUUCUUAGUAAUAACGAACGGGAUUUGUGGGCAGAUUUCAGAUUUUGUCAGUGAGUAUUUUUUUAACAGGAUGUUGAAACAAACGAUGUGGUGAUCGUUGUUUUAAAAGGUAUAUGCAAGAACAUUAAAUAUUAGGAUACAUGAUGUAUCAUAAAUAUGAUUUAACUCUGCUUCAUUUCUCAGUAGGUCCCUUUU